GCCCAUUUCAGUUUCUUCUGUGGAUGUGCCAACUUGUGCAGUUUAAAGUGCAGUGACUUUUUGUGUGGCUGAUUUAAAGAAAUUACUUAUAUAUUAUUAAUUUAAUAAGAUGAGUAUACCAACCGUGGAUCCUGCACAGUCGAUUCCGGCAUUUUAUUCCGGAAGGAGUAUAUUUAUCACAGGUGCAACUGGAUUUAUGGGAAAGGUUUUGAUCGAAAAAUUAUUAAGAUCUUGUCCCGAUAUUCAAGAAAUAUUCCUGUUGAUGAGACCAAAGAAAGGACUUUCAAUUGAUGAUCGACUUCGAAAACUGAUUGCACUUCCAUUUUUUGAAAAACUGCGAAAAGAAAGGCCAAACUUUAUUGAUAAAUUGAUACCAGUCACUGGAGAUGUGGCAACUGAGGCUUUAGGACUACCUCCUUUAGAAAGAAAAGUUAUAACCGAAAGAGUGUCUAUCGUGUUUCAUGUAGCCGCUAACGUAAGAUUUGAUGAUAACUUGAAACAUGCCACUUUCGUAAAUACGAGAUCAACGAGAGACAUUUGUAUUUUGGCAGCACAGAUGAAAAAGCUCGUGGCACUUGUGCACGUGAGUACGGCUUAUUCUCAGGCAGAUAAACCGCAAGUGGAAGAGAAAGUAUAUCCAUUCAACGUCGAUUGGAAGAAGUCAAUAAGAAUCGCCGAAAACGUGGACAACCACUUAUUAAGAACUUUAACUCCAAAGUAUAUGGACUCCUUCCCAAAUACUUAUACUUUUACGAAGAGACUUGCAGAGCAAGUAGUUCAUGACUAUUCUGGUAUUUUGCCGGCAAUUAUUUUCAGACCGUCCAUAGUUAUAUCAACAAUUGUAGAACCCGUUAAAGGGUGGAUAGACAAUUUCAAUGGACCAGUAGGGAUGUUAGUUGGAGGUGGAAAAGGAGUUUUGAGGGUAAUUUGUUUAGAUCCUAAAAUUACAUCGGAUUAUAUUCCUGUAGAUGUUGCCAUUAAAGCUAUGAUAAUUGCUAGCUGGAAAAGGGGCCUCCAAACUAUCACGAGAGAUCCAAGCAUUCACGUUUACAAUUGUUGUUCCGGUGACAUUAAAUCAGUAAGUACUCGAGAAGUAAUAGACACGGGAAUUCAAAUUACUGAUGAAAUCCCAUUGGGUGGUAUUUUAUGGUUUCCGGGGGUCACCAUAACCACCAAUAAAACCAUAUUUUUCAUCCUAAUGUUAUUUUAUCAUUUAAUACCCGCUUACUUGGUCGAUGGAAUAUUAAAAUUAGCAGGAAAAAAGCCCAUGCUAGUAAAGUUACAAAGGAAAGUAUACACUGCCAAUAGUUCUCUAGAAUAUUUCUUGAUGAACGUAUGGAAAUUUAAAAACGAUAACUUUUUGGGACUUUUAACAAAUCUACCCCCAGGCGACGCAGAGGCUUUUGGGUAUGAAUAUUUCUCAUUCGAUAUUCGUGAAUACUUCAGAUGGUGUAUAGUGGGGGCAAAAAAAUAUCUGCUACAUGAAAGUAUGGAUAAACUGAAUGAGGAUAAAAUCCAGUACGAAAGGAUGAGAUGGAUUGACAGAAUCUUCAAAGUCUGGCUUGCAAUUGGCUUUUCGUGGCUGUUUGUGAAAAUGGGCCUUAUCGCUUAUCUCUGCAGAGUGCUCCAGGAGAAAUUUGAGAUAUUUAAUGCUUGAUAAAAGCAAUUAUGGACUAUAAUGCAUUUUGCUUCUUUGAAAGUUGAUUAUCAAUAUCUCUUUCCUUGGAACUAAUUAUAACAAUCCGAUUAUAAUAUUCGCGCUAAUUUUCCAUUUUAAACCGUGCUAAGGUA